AUGGCUUCCGUGGGUGAGCUUCUACGUUGGGGACAGCAACAUGAUACAACUCUUGACGAACGAGUUGAAGUUUACCAGGACUCUAUCACAGGACUCUCUUUUCGAGCUCUUGAAGAAAUACCUCAUGAGAUCAAGAUUGCCACAUCUUCUCAUACGACUACCUUGUCAUACCUCAAUGCAGUCCAGAGCCUGGGCUAUUCGCGAUACAACUCACCUGAGUUUCCUCCGCAAUUCCUCGCUGAGCUUGAGGAUGAAUUUCCUCACAUUAUUGGUCACUUCUUUCUCAUGCAACAGUAUCUGAUGGAGAAAGAGUCAUUCUGGUGGCAAUAUAUCAGUUUGCUUCCUCAGCCCGACGAGCCAGAGCGUAUGCCGACACCAAUGUGGUGGUCCGCGGAAGACAUUUAUUUCCUUGCAGGGACGAACUCUGCUCCUGCCAUCGAGAAGAAGAUUGCUCUUUGGAAGUCAGAUUACGAAAAAGGCCUAGCAAAGCUGACCUCGAAUGCUGAACACUAUACCUGGGAUUUAUACAAGUGGGCAGCGACUAUCUUUGGAACCAGGAGCUUUCGUCCUUCACUCACAACCUCUUGGGCUACCAAGGGGAUGGAUGUCCUCGACACCAGCUCUUUCAACAACACCAAAGCACUUACCCAUGUUCUUAACGACCACUUCUCGAUCCUGUUUCCAAUUGUGGAUAUUGGAAACCAUAACGGCGAGAAUACAGUCCGGUGGAGUGCAGAACCCAACAAUUCUUUUAGUGUCAUCACCACAUCUCAAACUACAAAAGGUAGCCAGAUAUACAACUUCUAUGGAAUCAAGUCGAACAGCGAACUACUCGUUGGCUACGGUUUCACUCUUGAUAAAGGAGCAUUAGAUGUUGUAAAUCUUAAAAUCCAGCCACCGUCAAGCAGUACUUUGUCUGCUAAGUCAGAUUUCGAUGCUCACUCCUUGCGGCGUUCUCAAAAAUGUCAUAUUGACAUCAACUACAACCGCCAGCCAGAAGAGGAGUGGAUGUAUAACAUUCUAUCACAGCCUCCUUUGCCUGAUAGAUUACUUAGCUUUCAACUUUUGUCCCAUGGACUCAUAGAAACUCUGUCAUGCUUAGUGGCCAAUGAACGAGAACGAAGAUUCCUCUCAGCAAGCCCAGAAUACUGUCUGGAGAAAGGUAGCAAAACAUUCUCUGGUACUAUGUCGAGGAAUAUCAUUGCCGUCUAUCAUCUAUUGUACGACAAGCUACUCCACGAUGUCGAAAAGCUCCGAACCACGUCCAAGGAUCUUGGGCCACCACGUAACUCGAAUCAAGUGCUUGCCUUGGAUUAUCGCAAGAAGCAAUCUUCUGUGCUUGAGCAUGCCAUGUUCCCCUUCACAACCAUUGUUCAGACCAUUCUUCGCCACAAUGAUUUUUGCGAACAAUCUCAGCAUCUUCAUUCUCAGGCUUUGAAGAACUUUCGCUCACCUCCGUUUACUGGUGGCAACGACAUAUUGUCCCUCGAAUGUGCGUAUGACUGGCUUGGUCGUACGUACCCUGAGGUUUAUGGCCCGCUUGCCUCGUUCGUGUCUACACUUGAGGACGAACCGGUACCGCCACGCUGGGAGAUCCUUGCAAAUGACUUUGGGAACGUUUAUUGGACUGUAUGGAUUUUCGUCGUCUAUGUACUGCAAGAUCAUGGCAUCAAGAACGGAGAUUCAGGUUUGCCCUAUUCGCAACUAUGCCAAUGGUUGUCAAGAAUGCACUCGUAA